AUUUAAAAUUCAAAUACUUUCAAUUAUUUGUAGCUUUUCUAUACUAAUGAUAUUGUCAAUUAUUAAAUAUAUAAUUACCAUAAUUUCACUGAGGUGAUCCACUUAUUGCCAGUCUUUCUCGGAGCUAGCCAUCAAUUUCAAAGAGCUCCUCUGUUCUUGCAGAUUCUUACCACAAAAAAAAAAAAAAAAAUGAAGGGUAUCAAUUAUCUCCUUCGAUCUAACUUGAGAACCCAGCUUGGUUCCUAUGCAAAAUAUGUAUAUGCUUCCAGAAUUCCACAGGAUCAGAUCCCUCAGGUUUCCUCAUUGGCCAGACAUUAUUCCACAGCAACUGAAGCUGCAGCAAGUGAUCCCAAAAGUCGAGGGUUUAAGGGGCAUGAUAUGCUCGCGCCUUUCACUGCCGGGUGGCAGUCUACUGACUUGCAUCCUUUGGUUAUAGAAAAGUCUGAGGGUUCGUAUGUGUAUGACAUCAAUGGGAAGAAGUAUCUCGAUGCACUUGCUGGUCUUUGGUGCACAGCAUUAGGGGGAAACGAACCGCGACUUGUUGCUGCUGCAACCGCUCAGUUGAAUACCUUGCCAUUUUACCACUCAUUUUGGAAUCGGACUACAAAACCUUCUUUGGAUCUAGCAAAGGAUCUCAUAGAAAUGUUUACAGCUAGAAAAAUGGGGAAAGUUUUUUUUACAAACAGUGGGUCAGAUGCCAACGACACUCAGGUGAAGCUGGUUUGGUACUACAAUAACACACUUAAACGGCCUAAUAAGAAGAAAUUCAUAGCUCGAACAAAAUCGUACCAUGGUUCAACAUUGAUAUCCGCCAGCCUUUCUGGCCUCCCUCCUCUACAUAAAGAAUUUGAUUUGCCAGCUCCAUUCGUUCUGCACACCGACUGUCCUCAUUACUGGCGAUAUCAUCUACCUGGUGAGACAGAGGAAGAAUUUUCAACGAGAUUAGCCAACAAUUUAGAGGAUCUUAUCCUCAAAGAGGGACCAGAUACUAUUGCUGCAUUCAUAGCUGAACCUGUCAUGGGGGCUGGAGGUGUGAUACCUCCCUCUGCAACCUAUUUUGACAAGAUUCAACCUAUUCUCAAGAAAUAUGACAUUCUUUUGAUUGCUGAUGAGGUAAUCUGUGCAUUUGGAAGGCUUGGAACGAUGUUUGGAUGCGAUAAGUACAAUAUUAAACCAGACCUUGUAUCCUUAGCUAAGGCGCUUUCUUCUGCGUAUCAGCCCAUUGGGGCUGUUCUUGUGAGCCCUGAAAUUUCAGAAGUUAUACACUCCAAGAGCAACCAGCUCGGUGUUUUCUCUCAUGGAUUUACAUAUUCGGGGCAUCCCGUAGCCUGUGCAGUUGCAAUUGAAGCACUGAAGAUAUACAAGGAAAGAAAUAUUGCUGAAGUAGUAAAGAGUAUUGCCCCAAGGUUUCAAGAUGGUUUAAAAGCCUUUGCUGACAGUCCUAUCAUAGGGGAGAUCCGUGGGAUUGGUUUGAUUCACGGCACAGAGUUUACAGAUAACAAGUCACCGAACGAUCCAUUUCCUCCUGAAUGGGGGGUUGGUGCAUAUUUCGGAGCUCAAUGUGAGAAGCACGGGAUGUUGGUACGUGUUGCAGGGGAUAACAUCAUGAUGUCUCCACCAUUUAUCAUAUCUCCUGAAGAAGUUGAUGAGUUGAUAAGCAUAUACGGAAAGGCGUUGAAGGCGACCGAGGAGAGGGUGAAGGAACUGAAGUCUCAGCAGAAGUAAUUAAAAACGUAGUGAAUGAUGGUGAUGAAAAUAUGUUUGAAUCAUGUAAAAGGGAAGACCGGUUAUGAGAGAAAAUAAGAUAAAAUAUUAAUUUGGGAUUAAAUCUUUUAUUUGCUGGUACCCUUUAAAUUAAGUUGAACUAGAUCCAAAAUGAUCUUUUCGUGCACCUCAAGAAAGAGGCAUGGAUCUGCUGUGUCUAUAUUGUUAGAAUUAAAUUAGGAAGAGACUUUUCAACGGGAAAAAAAAAUCCAAGUAAAGAUGCAGCUUCUAAUGCUUUUAUGUUCAAUUGUUGAUAAAUAAACAGAAACUAGUCAUUUUAUCUGAAAUU